AUGAGUGCUUGUAUGGAAGGAGGUUCCACUACUUGCCCACCACUGCUUACGGGAACAAAUUACUCAUAUUGGAAGACCAAGAUGAAUAUGUUCAUCAAGUCAAUGGAUGAAGACGUCUGGCACAUAGUUCUGACUGGCUGGAAACGACCUGUUUCCACGGAUGAAAAAGGAAUUCAAACUGAGAAACAUGAAAAAGACUGGAGCAAAACUGAGCAGAUUGCCGCAAAUAUGAAUUCCAAAGCAUUGAAUGCCAUAUUCAAUGGAAUUGACAUCAAUCAAUUCAAAAUCAUCUCAGCAUGUGAGUGUGCCAAAGAAGCAUGGGAAAAACUACAAACAGCUUAUGAGGGAACAACCUCUGUUCGAUUAUCAAAACUUCAGAUGCUCGCUACUCGCUUUGAGGAUCUUCGAAUGGAUGAGAGUGAAACCGCAUGCGACUUUAAUUCGAAACUAUGCGAUGUCUCGAAUGAAGCUCAUGGUCUUGGUGAAACUUAUCCUGAAGUCAAGCUUGUCCGUAAAGUAUUGAGAUCAAUGCCAGACCGAUUCACAUACAAUGUCAUAGCUAUUGAGGAAGCAAGUGAUGUGGACACAUUGAGACUUGAAGAUCUGAUCGCAAAUUUGCAGACAUUUGAGAACAAGAUGAACAUCAGUAUAAUGGAUAAAGAAAGAAUGAUUGAUUUACAAACAGUUGUUGUGACCACUCCAUCUUUGCCCUUAGUUCCCAUGACACCACACCUCAGGUAUACUACUCGUAAUCUCGAAAAUCAUAGUAAUCUAAACACAAUUUUUUCGUCCACAGGUGAUGAAGAUUCAGAGGAUGAUGAAGAAUGCUCCAUUGAGAAGAUUCAACAGCAACUGAACGAUAUUCUAAAGCAGUGUCAUGAGGUUGGUGAUGAAAAUAGGUGUUUGAAGGAGAAAGUAAAGGAACUGGAAGAGGAGAAUGAAGCAGUUAAAGUCAAUCUGAAGGCCAUAAUCGAUGAGCUAGAAUUGGAAAAUGAGGUACUGGAGGUAAAACAGGAUUUUGCCUUGAAAGAUAUUGACAAUAUAAAAGAAUUACUAAGACAUUUGCGAAACAACGAUUGCAAUAAGACAAAGCCGAUCAAGAAAAAUCCUGCUCCAAUGAAAAAUGCUGAACCCUGCCUCAACCUGAAGUGUGACAACUCUCCUGUUGCAACAACGUUAGAGGCAUCAGUCAGUAAGUUAAAUCGUACUAUGAUUCUUCCUUCGAGCAGGUUAGAUGAAAUUUUAAAUGCUCAUCCCUCAAAUCCUGAUAAACUUGGUCUUGGCUAUACUGGGAGUAAGUUCGAUGGUGUACCUAAUUACUUAAAGAAUCUGCAUAAUGUGUAUGGUGGACAAGUUACUCUUGGUGAUGGAAACAAGGCCUUUGUGAAAGGAGAAGUUAACUUGGAUGUUGGAGGAUUACCCAACCUUGACAAUGUUCUGUAUGUAGAGGGUUUGAAAUCAAACCUACUCAGCGUAAGUCAGCUAUGUGAUCUAUACGACUCAGUGUUGUUCACCAAGCGUAAGUGUGAAGUGUUUGAUCAAAACAACAGGUUGUGA